UAGAGAUAUUCCAUUUUCCCUGAAUCUGCCAGUCAGCGGAUUCAUAUACUUUAUAUUUUUAAGAAAGUGCGUUCUCCAUUGUGGAGGAUAUCACUUUUUACCUUUUUUUUACACACCUAGGAGAAGCAGAGCCACCUUGAUAUGAGUGAUACACCUGUUACUUCAGAGUCCAGCUCAAGGCCCAGGACCACACGCUCCACUAGACAACUCAUUGAUAGAAUGAUCACUCAUUAUGAGGAAGCUCCUGACUUGCAAGAUGAGACUGAGGUCAGUUUUCACCAGAGUAUGGAAUUUGAUGAUGAGACAAUGGAGGAACUUCAGAAUAAAGAAAAGCAGAGUCAACAUUCAUCUGUGAAAUCUGUUCAUUUCAACUCAUUGAAUCCUCCACUGUUUCUCAUCUCUGAAAUGCCGACUUUUAAUGAUGAUCUGAAUCAACCUAUCUAUUGCACCGCAGGCAAUCUUAUGAAUCUUAUACAGAUGAUGCUAUGA